CUUCCGGGGGGCGUCACCGGGGCCGGGCGGUGGGGACCAGGUGCCCGGGCUAGGGGCGGAGCUGGAAGAUGGCGUCCGGAGCGGCUCGCUGGCUGGCAUUAGCACCCGUCCGAUCUGGGGCUUUCCGGAGUGGGCUGAGCCUGAGGAAAGGUGGUGAUGUCCCCGCCGCACGGGGCGGCUCAGGUCGGAGCCUGGUACCGUCGAGGUCAGUCAUCGUUACUCGCAGCGGCGCCAUUUUGCCCAAACCGGUGAAAAUGUCCUUUGGCCUUCUCCGUGUGUUCUCCAUUGUGAUCCCCUUUCUCUAUGUUGGAACGCUCAUUAGCAAGAACUUUGCUGCUCUCCUUGAGGAGCAUGACAUUUUUGUUCCAGAGGAUGAUGAUGAUGAUGACUAACAGGGCAUGGAGGAAGUACAGAAAGGAGAAAGCCCUAACUUAAUUAAGAAACGAUGAUGCUUGCAGCCUCUCUUCCUUCCCUAUCAGCAAAUGGGUGCAGGGGAAGCCUUCUGCAUGGUCUGUGACCACAGCUCAGAUCCCCAGGCUCUCGGAGGCUCCCAGAGAUGUGCUGUCCACUGAGCACAAUCAAAUUAUGAAUAAACAUAAUAAACAUCA